UAUAGAAACAUAAAAACAUUUCAGGUGAAGUUCAGAAGAGUGUGAUUCGGGUCGAGAUGUUCAUGAGUUCUUCUGCUUCUUGUUCUCGAUCUCCUCCUUCUCCGUCCAUCAUGUCUCCUCCAAACAUCUCCACACGUCCCUCUCAUGUUCAGUUUCCUUCCACCUGAGCAUCUUCAGCUCUGAGCUGCUCUGACCCAAACAUCAUGUAGGUCCUACAGGUCUUCUCUGUCACUCUUCCGCCACUCUCACCUGACGGUCGUCUCCACCUCCCCCCCGCCUGCACUCUCCGCUCCGCCUCCGCCAUCACUUUCAUUUGACUGAUCCUCAACACCCAUGUGUUGCCCCUCCAGCCGUCCAGACUUGCCUCUCUCUGGGUCCCGCACACUUGCUCCUGCUUGACUCUCACUACAGAUCACUCAGUCAUCAGCGGACAUCACGGUCCAUGGAGACUCCUCCCUCCCCUCCUCUGUCCAUGACCGUCUCUAUUCAGCGGCUCACUUGAAGUUUCCUUGGUGCCGUCAGAUGUAAUGGCUGUGUUCUAGGCGGCAGCUCUCAGUGAAACCGUCCUGCUCACACAUUCCUGCUCCCCAGUCAGCGUGGCCAGUGAAACAGGUCUCUGGAGCUGUGGUCAGAAGUGACGGAUCCCAGGUCUCCGUAGCAACCGCGCAACUCUCCCCCCCUCCCCCCGAGGACUCCGCCUGAAGACGCCGGGCAUGGACACCGAGUCCACUCACUCGGGGUACUCCUAUCACUCCAGCCGCUCGGGCCGCUCCACCCGACAUGGGGAUCGAACCCGUGAGCGGCACAAGGCCAGCAGCAAAGACAGCAGUCGCUCCGAGCGCUCCGUGGUCAUCAACCCUCCUGACUCGCCCUCCCAGGAGUCGCCCGUGCACAACGGCGAGCCGCUGCCAGGAGAGCCGGCGCCGGGAGGCGAGCCGGGAGAGGACGGGCAGGACGACAACUGGGGCGAGACCACCACGGCGGUGACCGGCACCUCGGAGCUCAGCGUGUCUCAGGAGGAAGUGGUGGGCUUGGGCAAAGAGCUCCAGGACCGGACCCAGAGUUUCCGGCGCUACCUUCCCCUGGCCGUGGGUCUGUGUGUGGGCACGCUGGUGCUGGCCACGCCCCUGGUCUUCCUCCUCCUGCCGGUCAUCCUGUGGCCCGACAGGCUGCAGGCGUGCGGCGCGGCCUGCGAGGGCCUCUUCCUCUCCAUCUCCUUCAAGCUGCUGAUCCUGCUGCUGGCUGUCUGGGCGCUCUUCCUGCGGCCCGGCCGCGCCUCCCUGCCGCGGGUCUGCGCCUGCCGUGCCUUCCUCACCACACUCACGCUGCUGCUCACCAUGUCCUACUGGCUCUUCUACGGGGUCCGGAUCCUGGACGCGCAGGACGAGGACUACCACGGCGUGGUCCAGUUCGCCGUGUCGCUGGUGGACUCGCAGCUCUUCGUCCACUACCUGGCGGUGGUCCUGCUGGAGCUGCGGCACCUCCAGCCCUGCUACAGCGUGAGCGUGAUCCGCUCCACCGACGGAGAAACGCGCCACUACAACAUCGGACAGUUCAGCAUCCAGAGAGCAGCACUCUCCAUCUUGGAGUUCUACUACCGAGACUUCCCCCUUCACAACCCGGCGGUCCUGUCGGCGGCCAAGCACCGAGCCGCCAAACACCUGGCCGGCCUGAAGGUCUACAACGUGGACGCUGCGGGGAGCACGGCGGCAGCGCAGCCUGCUAACGGGAGUCAGUCACGUGCCAUGGUGGCAGCUGCCGCCAAGCGGAAGGACAGCGCCCACAACGAGCUGUACUACGAGGAGGCCGACUACGAGAGGCGGGUCCGAAAACGCCGGGCGCGGCUGGUGGUGGCCGUGGAGGAGGCCUUCACCCAUGUGCGGCGCAUGAAGAAGGAGGACGAGCAGGCGUCCCCCUCUGACAUCAUGGAUGUCCGUGAGGCGGCGCUGGCCGUCUUCCCAUCCAUGGCACGGGCCCUGCAGAAAUACCUCCGCACCACCAGGAGGCAGCACUGCCACAGCAUGGAGAGCAUCCAGAAGCACCUGGCCUUCUGCCUGGUCAACAACAUGAGCCCCAAGGCCUUCCUGGAGGCCUACCUGGCCCCGGGCCCCACCCUGCAGUACGGCUCCGAGCGCUGGAUGGCCGACCAGUGGACCCUGGUGAGCGAGGCGUCGGUGACCAGCGCCGUCAAAGACGGCACCGAGUUCCUGCUCAAGUGUCUGGACUUCAGUCUGGCCGUCACCAUCAGGGGCGUCCCCUACAUCCGCCUCCGCGAGGAGUUCGUCGACCCCAAGACCCACAAGUUCCUGCUGCUGCUGCAGUCGGAGACGUCCGUGUGAGAGGCGCCUCCUCCGCUGCCGGGCUGAACGCUCCUCUAUGCACUCCCAGCAUCCUCUCUGUCGGCCGCCGCCGCCGCCCCGCCCACAUGUAUGUACAGUAUUUAUACGUGUCGCUCCCAACUUUUUAUAUCCUCCUCCUUGAGCUGGAAGGUUUUCUAACCACCUUGUUUGUAAGCACUGUGUUUGUGGCUGUAAAUACUCUUGUUCUAGAGAAACUGUGUCUUUCUGUGGCCGUUACUGCAUGGAAACUGUAGGUCACGCACGAGAAAAACUUUAUUAUUCCCAAGGGAAAUUAUGUUCCUAACAUGAAAGAAAACCGACCGAACUGAAAGUGGAGAUGUUUAGCUCCAUUUCAACCUGUUUAUAUUUCCACGUUUAGUAUUUUCUACAGUUUUAUUUCCAGAUUAAUUUCCAAACGACAGUCCAAACUUUUCGUCAGCAGCGGUGUAGCGGACGUCAGCGAGUCCGGUCUGUUCCAAAGCUCUCGCGCUCCACUGGAACUGCAUUCUGAUCUUCGUCUGCGUCUUUUGUACUUUUCUUCAUCGUAUUUAUGGAAGGUUGCUGUCAUGUUGUAGCGUAGGCUCUUUAGCGGCGUGUAAAUAUCCCGUCUGACGUGCCUCAGUCUGUGGGUGUCGGGGUGUUUUAGAACCUGUUUUUUUCUGUCGCAGCAUCCGUGACGUUUGGGAAGAAUGUUUUUUUAAAUCGUGAGAAUAAACGUUUCUACCGUAACACGUUAAUGAGGGACAGAAGAUUCUGAUUUUUUUAAAAAAUCACCAUUGACUCGGAUGAUCGUGCUUUGCUGGAUGCUGCCCCCUGGUGGUCGGCUGAGGUCUGCUCAUGCUCAGUGGCCACAUGCUCCUCUAUGAAGGAGUCAGGGCAGCGAGAUGCCGGUUGAAAACGUUGCCCUGACGCCAGUGUGACGGACCUGUUUGUGAGGUUUCACCUUGGCGGUGGAGUCAAGACUGCAGACUUCAAGUUUUGAUCUCCACCUGCCCCUGUCCCACCACCUGGAUGCCUUCCUGGGUCCGUCACACUGGUCCUGAUGGAGCAGCGGCUUUUGAUUGGUGAAAAGAAACGUACAUUGUUCUCAGCUGUAGAUCAAAGUGUGUUUUGGGUCAGAACCUUUGAGGAUUUCAGAUGUGUUCAGGACACAAAGUUCAGCAAUUAUUUUCAGUCUGGGUUCUGAUUUUUGUUCCAUGAGCAGUGGAGCUCUCCAGCACCGGCUCUGACUCGGCUGUGACUCGACAUGGCAAUGAAAGCGUGCAGGUUUCCACGUGGAUAGGACUCACGUUUAAUGGACACAAGAUCAAAGGAACGACACAGUCAGUGCACUUCUGGAAUCAUGAGGACUGAAGAUGAGGAGAGCAGACAGAUCACUCAUCAUCAUCGUCGUCAUCAUCAUCAUCAUCAUCGUCAUCAUCAUCAUCAUCAUCAUCAUCAUCGUCGUCGUCGUCAUCAUCUUCUGUGUUGACUUUUCCCGACAGGACGUCUUCAAUCCAGUCCUCCAGUUCCUCAGCGCUGGGAAGGUCCUCAUCGUCCAUCUGCAGCCACACACUGUCCGCCUGCACACACACACACACACACACACACGGCUCAGCGCUCUCCUCGGUGGUACAGCAGAGAACUUCCUCCACCUACGUCUGUGACAUUGACGACUCCAAUCUGAGGUCUGAACAAGUCCACCUUGAAGGUCUUCUCCCAGUAGGGGAUCAGCUGGAGAAGCAGAGAACCCAAAGUGACUCCUGCGGCCGGUCAGAGUGGGGCAGGGCUUGGGGCUCACCAGUGGGAAGUCAUCCGGGUCGAUCCAGACUAUGCUGAGGUCGGGGAGGUGCGUGUUGUCUCGGGCCACCUCCUUCAGGAUCUCCAGGAAUUCGUAGCCAUCUGGAGGAGAAGGAAACUGGUUGGAGACUCUGGUGAGCCGAGCCUGCAGCGGAGGUUCCUCAGCCUGGUCCCUCACCUGGAUCCUCCUCCUCAGCGAAGGCCACGAUAUGGAUGCCCUCGAUGUCGUCCUCCUGAGGAGCAGAGCAGACAGGAGUUUGUCCUCUGCAGACAGCGGCCGUCACUCACCCAGGUCUCGAACAUGUCCUCUGCUCGCAGCUUCCUCAAGGUGGGCCUGAAGGAACACAGUCAUCACUCUCUGCUCCCGGAGGUCAGAGGGGUCAGAGGUUACCGUCGGUGCUCGGCGAUGAACUCCAGCAGGUCCUCCUCAGACAGAGGUUUCCCCGGGAUGGUGACGGGCUCCUCCAUGAAGGGCUCGUAGAAGUCCACCUCGUUGAGCUUGAGGCUCAGCUCUUUGGCCACCUGCAGAGGACGCCCGUCAGACGGGACGGAGAGGCGGAGCUGGCGGCCUCACUCACCGACUUCUCAAACGUGGCGAAGAACUUGAUGUACGGCUGGAACUGCUCGGCCGCCUCUUUGAACGCCUGGUAGUCUGGAGGUCAGAGGGACGUCACCAGAAUAGCUGACCUUUGACCUGCGGCUAAAGCUCACGCCGCGACCGAACAGCUGCGCGCGUGUUAAAAAUGGAGCUGCAAAGCUGCAGAGCUCAGGGUUGAAGGGCAGAAGAACAAUGGCUGUGACUCACGCUCCGAGUCCUGGCUCUUGAAGAAUCCGACGAGGCGGACGUCCCGCUCCAUGCGGUCGAAGGCUCGCAGCUCCAGGGCGUUUCCGAUCAGCUCCACCGGAUCCUCCAGCAGCUGCACAGGAGCAGGCGGGUGAGUCGAGGCCUCGCAGGCCGGGGGCCCAAGCCACUCACGUCCAGCAGGAACUCCACCAGGGUGUCGGCCGACAGCAGGCCGUCGAACUCCACCACGCGCUCCUCCUUGAAGACGUAGAUGCUGCCCUCUUCCUCCAGACCUGUGGAGGUCAGCAGCACGCAGCCGUGAGGACUGUGGCUCCUGGCAGCAGCCAGUCUCCCACAUCGCUUGUUCCCACUCCAGUGUUCUGGCAUCUGCUUCAGCUAUUGUUAUGGGGACCAUUAGGCCGGACCUCACAAGGCUGAACUUCAUAUUGAGGGCUAAAACUUCAGAGUGACUGGGCUCUGUGU